UUGUGAGCGAUGCUCACAAGUGAUCACAUUAAGUGUUGUGUUGGUGUACGUAUAUUGAGAAGAUGAUUUAGCUGGUUUCUUACUUUGCAGAGUGCCACAAAGACAGCAUGGCCUAGCACAAUGCCUUAAAACACAGCUCAUUAUAUCACAGUAUAUAGCACUGCACAUCAGAGUGGAACAAUAAAACGUAAUAGAAUGCAAUGAAGAAAACACAUUGUUGCAUAUUAACAGUGUAUUGUAAAUGUAUAUGAGCACCUCAUGGUCACGUUACCAUUAACCAAGUUAUACAGAAAAUACAUAUAUCAGACACACACACACAGGGCUGGAUGUGCGGGAGGUUGAGGCAGGAGAAAAGAAGAGAUGCGGAGACUCCGGAGAAAAGGAGGGAACAAUGAGAAGGUGUUUGGCUGUGACCUGUUGGACCACUUGUCCACUACCUGUCAGGAGAUUCCCCAGGUGCUGCGAAGCUGCAGUGAAUUCAUUGAGGAGCACGGGGUGGUAGAUGGGAUCUACAGGCUAUCUGGGGUGUCAUCCAACACACAGAAACUAAGGGGUGAGUUUGACAGUGAGGGGACCCCGGAUCUCAAUAAGGAUGUGUACCUGCAGGACAUUCACUGUGUCAGCUCUGUCUGCAAGGCCUACUUCAGAGAGUUACCCAAUCCCCUCCUCACAUACCAGCUCUAUGACAAAUAUGCUGAAGCUGUGGCGAUUCAGUUGGAGGAGGAGAGGCUGGUUAAGAUUAAGGAUGUGCUGAAAGAGUUACCCGCUCCCCAUUACAAAACUCUGGAGUUCCUGAUGCGUCACCUUGUCAAGAUGGCUUCUCAUUCCUCACACACCAAUAUGCAUUCCCGGAACCUCGCCAUUGUUUGGGCUCCGAACCUUCUCAGGUCAAAGGACAUUGAGGCGUCAGGGUUUAACGGUACAGCAGCCUUUAUGGAGGUGAGGGUCCAGUCUAUCGUGGUGGAAUUCAUCCUCACCCACGUGCCCCAGCUGUUUCCUGAUUCAGGUAUUACGGAGCGCCGGAAGUCACUCCCAUCUCCCUCUAUACACAAUCCAGAGGAACCUUUCUUCCGGGCAAUUCCAUUCCAGUUAGGCAACAUCAGCCCAGGGGACGGUCCCCCUGCCAUGCGUUCCUACCACGCCAUCAUAGACGGGACAGACAAGAGGAAGGGAUCUCUUAAGGGCAGGAAGUGGAAGUCCAUCUUCAAUUUAGGAGGCAGACUCCAUGACCCGAGACGGAGGAACAAGAACUCGGCCAAAGAAAAAGAGAGAACUGUCUUGAGGCCAGCGAAGAGCAUGGAUUCCCUGAGCUCUGUGCCCUAUCCGCAUGAAGGUUCCAGACAACGACCCCCUUCCACUGUGAUGUCCCCCCUGGCUCAGCCCUCUCCCUGUACCCAGGGGGGUGCGGAGGGAGGGGCAUCCAGUAGUGGUGGUGAUGUGGGCAGCGGGUAUGCUGUGACCUACCGGAGGGGUCAGGGGGCUAGUGUGAGUGUAGUGAGCGGGGGCGGAGGAACACAGGGCAUAUACAGUCGACUGGACAGUCACUGUGGUGGGGGCAACAGCACUGAGGCUCUGCAACCCCCAUCCAGAUCCCCAGGACUCUCCAGCAAAGCCGACCGGCGGGCAGGGAUCCACAUCUCCGGACCUUUCUCGGUCACAGUACCCCUUCACAUCACAUCAGGCCUGGCCUUUGGGGUGCUGCAGGGGGGUGGAGCGGACAGGGGAAACCAUAGAGGAGGACAGGAGAGUGGAGAUAAAGGAGAGGGCGGGGAGGGCACAUCCGAGUAG